AUGGCUGCUCUUGGUGAGGAUUUGCUCGGGAUAGUUAACAAGCUUCAAGAUCUUGUCUUUAACACUAUUGGCAAUGAUAGCUUAGAUCUGCCACAGAUUGUAGUCGUUGGUUCCCAAUCUUCUGGAAAAUCAUCCGUACUCGAGAACAUCGUCGGUCGAGAUUUCCUUCCUCGUGGUAGUGGGAUUGUCACCCGUAGACCCCUCAUUCUACAACUUAUCAAUGUACCCUCAGAGGAAGAAGAUGCACCAGAAGCGCACACAGCAGCGAGUGUGGCUACACAACCAGAAUGGGCCGAGUUUCAUCAUAUCCCAAACAGGAGAUUUACAGAAUUUCAGGAUGUGAAGAGGGAAAUCGAGAACGAAACGGCGAGAAUAGCUGGAAACAACAAGGGGAUCAAUAGAUCACCCAUCAACCUUAAGAUAUACUCGCCCCACGUUCUUAGCUUGACUUUGGUCGAUCUGCCAGGUUUAACCAAGGUUCCUAUCGGAGAUCAACCCACAGAUAUCGAAAAGCAGACCCGAAAUCUGAUAUCGGAAUAUAUUGCGAAACCAAACAGUAUCAUUUUGGCUGUAUCCCCAGCAAACGUUGAUAUCGUCAACUCAGAGGCUCUAAAACUUGCCAGGCAUGUUGACCCUCUUGGCCGAAGAACCAUUGGAGUUCUUACAAAAAUAGACCUUAUGGACCAUGGUACAAACGCUAUGGAUAUCCUGUCGGGCAGAGUCUACCCCCUUAAGCUGGGAUUUAUCGGUGUCGUCAACCGAUCACAACAAGAUAUCCAAGGGAACAAGACACUUUCCGAGGCAUUGAAGUCAGAAGCGGACUUCUUCAAACACCACCCUGCAUAUAGGAAUAUGGCAAACCGAUGCGGAACCCAAUUCCUGGCAAAAAGUCUCAACACCACUUUGAUGGCGCAUAUUCGAGAGAGAUUACCUGAUAUCAAGGCUCGUUUGAAUACCCUCAUGGGACAAACACAACAGGAGCUUGCUAGUUAUGGGGAUAUGCAUUUCAGUGGCAAGGAACAUAAAGGUGCAUUGAUUUUGCAAUUGAUGACUAGAUUCGCAUCUUCUUUCAUCGCAUCCAUUGAUGGUACCUCAACGGAGAUCUCGACCAAAGAGUUAUGCGGAGGAGCCAGAAUAUACUAUAUCUUCAAUUCCGUAUUUGGUAAUUCAUUAGAAACUAUAGACCCAACAACAAAUCUUUCAGCCCUAGAUAUCCGAACGGCAAUCCGAAAUUCGACCGGUCCACGACCUAGCUUAUUCGUACCCGAGCUCGCAUUCGAUCUUUUAGUCAAGCCACAAAUCAAGUUAUUGGAGGUUCCUAGUCAAAGAUGCGUGGAACUAGUUUACGAAGAGCUGAUCAAGAUAUGCCAUACUUGUGGCUCAACUGAACUCACCAGAUUCCCCAGACUCCAGACCAAGCUUAUCGAGGUGGUCUCUGAUCUGUUGCGCGAACGUCUUGGCCCAGCUUCUCAAUAUGUGGAGUCUCUUAUCUCCAUUCAAAGGGCAUAUAUCAACACAAAUCAUCCCAAUUUCCUUGGCGCAGCUGCAGCAAUGAGUAACGUUGUUUCUAAUAAGCAAGAAAAGGAGAGGAGAAGGUUGAUCCAGGAAGAAAAGGAGAGAAAGGAGCACAGACGCCGAAAGGAGCUUGAAGCUACAAAUGGCGGGGAAACUCCAGAAGAAGGGGAAGACGCUGUUCCAGAGAAGCUCGAAAACUUACCACACCGAAAACAUCUCCAAAAAACAUCUCGAAGCAUGUCACCUGCAAUCCGGGAAAAUGGUACAAGCGCCAUGGUAUCAUCAAUGAACGGACUUCGUGGAGGAUCACCACCAAGGUUCAACGGCCAAGCAGCUGGUGGUGCUCGUGAUUCGUUCUUAAACUACUUCUUUGGCAAAGACGGUGGUUUGCCUGGUGGAGCAGGUAUCCCACAAGCAUCUUCGUCAGGGCAAAUGAUGGGAAAUCCAAACCUUGGCAGACACGUGAGCCAAAGCGCAGAACCAAGUAUCACACAAAGUAUCAGGCGGCAGGAAGAACGCCCUGUUCAAAGGACACCGGCCCAACAAGCUCGUGAGGAUGAUUACGAACUCGGACGUGCACAGAGAGAUUACAAUUAUGACUCUCCCUUCGGAAAUAACGCCGAGCCAGCACUCACAGACCGCGAAGCCAUGGAAACUGAACUCAUUCGUGCCCUUAUAUCAUCGUACUUCAACAUUGUCCGUGAAUCAAUAGCAGACCAAGUCCCCAAAGCCGUUAUGCAUUUACUAGUCAAUCACUCUAAAGACGUGGUUCAAAACCGUCUGGUUAGCGAAUUGUAUCGUGAAGACUUAUUCGGCGAGCUCCUCUAUGAAGAUGAUGCAGUGAAGAAGGAGAGAGAGAAGUGCGAGAAGUUGUUAAGGACGUACAAGGAGGCUGCGAAGAUCGUAGGAGAAGUGGGUAUUUAG